CAGUAAAUGUGUAGUAUUCUAUAAAUUAUAGCUGCUGUUUUAUUUGCAAGAUGUUUACCUAUAUUACAAACUUUUUCAAUUACUUAUUCAAUAAAAAUGGCACUGAAGAAAGUGAUGAUGAAAAGGAAAGGUUUUUAGCAGAGGAACUAUUACAAUUAGAAAUACAAUCUGAAAAGGAGUCUGUAGUAUUAACAAGUGAAGUGGGAGAUCAACCACGCAAUGCAGUUUGUGUUAAAAAAACAGGUUUAAUAACAUAUUGUGGAGAUAAUUAUGUGUUAAUAGAUGGUAUAACCUAUUAUGAUACUUCUGACUGUUACUUAAACUUAAACGUAAAUGAUAAAAUAGUUUACUUAGGUUAUAAAGACUGCAAUGAAAGGUUUGUAAUUGUUAGAAUUUUAGAGAACCAAGGUAUGUUUUGGGGUGAUGAGGAGAAUUUUGAUGAACAGCAUUUUAAUGUUAUUGAUCACAUUUUAAUUGGCCAAGUUGCCAGAAGGCAGGAUAGAUUUGUUUAUAUUAGUGAAAGUGAUAUAAAAUUUAACCUCGAUGAUGUUGAAGGAACUUUUGUUCCAAUAGAAGGAGAUUGGUUGGAAAUCAAGUGUUCUGUACAAGAAGAUUGUAACAAGUCAACUAAUAUAUCUGCUACUCAGGUUUUGAAAGUUACUGCUUUUAAUCCAAUUCGUACCAAAGUCAUGCAUGCUGUUAUUACCGAAUGGACAGGAAUUUAUGGAACUUGUGAUAGAAAAAUUUUUUUUGACAAUACUGCAUUAUCAAAUGGUUUGCAACCAGUUUGUGGUACAAAGGUGUUGGUAGAAGCCAUAGAAAGUACUCAGGGCUCAUGCACAUGGAGAGCUGUAAAAUUAGUGUUCGUGUCUAGCGGAUCCCCUAAUAGAUCUCAAAAGGAAUUACCAAAUGAAGAACAAGUUACUCUUAGCUUGGAACAGGAAAAAAAUAUUGAGAUGACCUAUCCCUUAAAAUUUGACAAAGUUAUUUUUGGAAAGACUGACAGGCUAAUUUUGAGCAUAAAAAAUGGAAGUAACCAGGUAUACGACAUUAACAAAUGGAUAAUAUUGACUAAAAAGAGGAAUUCACAAGUACAUGUGACACCAUUUAUUAGUCAACCAAUAAAGUUAGCUCCUGGACAAUCAUUAAAUUUUACUGUGACAUGUGUUCCAAAAUUUUUGGGACUAUCAAAAGAGUGUUUUGUGCUUUUAUUUAAAGGGUUUCAAUUGAAACGAUUUAUUGAAAUAAAUGUUAUUGGAAGUGAAAAAUAUUCAAAUGAUAUUACAUACAAUGUCAAUGAAAUGAAAGAAUUACAUAAAAUCGAAGUCAUGAAGAAAAUAAGAAAUAAUAAUGAUCCAUAUAUCCCUGGAGUUAGACCAUAUAAACAACCUGCAUUUGUUGACGUAAGAAUUGGGGGUUAUCCUAUACCUGAAAAAAUAUGGUCUGUACUCUUAGGAGAUUCAAAUAAAACAAUAUUUACAUCAGAUUUUGCAAAAUUAUUGAUCAAAAUUGAAACAAAUUUUCCAUUUCUGUUACACGAUUUAUCUAUCACUAAUUAUAUUGAUAAAUGGCAUACACUUCUCUAUAUGGAUGAAGUUCAAGCUAAUUUGAAUAUGAGGAUUCAUGAUAAAAGUAAAGUGUAUUUACUACAUUAUGAUCAAUAUCUUGGUCUUGAAGUGUCUGGCUUAGCUGAAACAAGGCCAUCUUUAAUGAAAGGGGAUAAGGUUGUUGUAAAAGAUGUUUGGAAUGCUGAUGCCUCUUGCUAUGAAGGCUUUAUUCACGAUAUAAGAGGCAAUUUGGUUUUAUUUAAAUUUAACCCUCAGUUCCACGAAACUUAUAGUGGUAGUGAUGUUUCAAUAGUUUUUCAUAUAAGCAGAACUAAUUAUAGAAGAUCACAUUAUGCAAUCAAUUUAGCUUUAUCUAAACUCGGUCCUGAUAUUUUGUUCCCUACUCGAAUAAAUACAAAGCCGCAAAAAAUAUCUGAUGAACAACUAGAUAACAUAAAAUGGUUUAAUACAAAAUUAAAUACCGAACAAAAAAGCGCUAUUAUAAACAUAGCUAAAGCCGAAUGUCGGCCGAUGCCUUACGUCAUCUUUGGUCCACCUGGUACUGGGAAAACUGUUACUGUUAUUGAAACUAUUCUGCAAAUAUUGUCAUUAUUUCCUGAAAGUAGAAUUUUGGUAGCCACCCCAUCUAAUAGUGCUGCAAAUUUAAUAACUGAAAGAUUGAUACAGUAUAAAGAUAGUUUUUCGGGUUCCAUUGUUAGAUUGAUUGCUAACUAUUUAGUUGAUUCCGAUAGUAUACCUGAUACAAUCAAGCCUUUUUGUGCUACUCUUGAUAUAGCCACAGAGAGAACAUCAAAAUCAAAACAUGAAGUUAAAAAUAAUAUAAAUCUUAAUUGUCAGAAAUCUGUCAUAGGGAGACAUCGUGUUACUAUAGGCACGUGUUUCUGCCUAGGAACUUUGAUACAUUUGAAUCUACCCCAAGGACAUUUUACUCAUAUUAUUGUAGAUGAAGCAGGACAGGCGACAGAGCCCGAGAUAAUGCUACCUAUGACUUUUGUUGACAAAGAACAUGGACAAAUAAUUCUUGCAGGUGAUCCGAUGCAAUUAGGGCCUCUAGUAUUAUCGAAAUACUGUAAAGAAUAUGGAUUGGAUGAAUCUUUUUUAUGUAGGUUACUCGAAAGAUUUCCUUAUUUGAAAGAUUACCAAUCAUUUGUAAAUGGUUUUGAUAAUCGACUUGUUACAAAAUUGAAUGUAAACUAUAGAUCAUUGAAGGAAGUUAUUGAACUACCGAGUCAAAUGUUUUAUGACGGAACACUAAAAGCAACAAUAGAUGAAAGCAUGCCAUGGACAUCAAAGUUUAUAAAUGCAACUCGUGAAAUAUUCGAAUCAAAUGAUAUAUGUGGUGGACUAUUUGUUUAUGGUAUUAAGGGUUGCAAUGUAAGAGCAGAAGACAGCCCUUCGUGGUAUAAUCCACAAGAAGCUGCAAUGAUAGCUUUAACUACAUGCAAAUUGUUUAAAAAGAACAUUACGGCAGAUGAAAUUGGUAUUAUAACACCUUACAUUGCUCAGACGAAAUAUUUUCGUGUUCUUUUCGAAUCUAUGGGUCUACCUCAACCUAAAAUAGGAACUGUAGAAGAUUUUCAAGGACAAGAACGACCUAUUAUUCUCAUAUCGACAGUGCGGUCCAAUGAGUCUCUAUUGGAGGAAGAUAUGAGACAUGCAUUAGGAUUUGUAAGCAAUCCAAAAAGAUUGAACGUGUCUUUGACGAGAGCACAAAUUACAACAAUAGUUUUCUGCAAUCCACAUCUACUGUCUACAGAUCCUCAGUGGAAAAAAGUUAUUGAAAAUGCAGUUUCUAUGGAUAAAUAUAUUGGCUGUGAUCUACCAUUUGAUUGUCAUAAAAGUAUAAAUGAUGCAGAUUAUUGAUUUCUUAUUCUCAGAUGUAAAGAAAAAUAUGUUUAGUUGAAAUAUGACAUAAAUGUGAUUUAAAAUUAAAA